AUGGCAAUCAAACUGAAAGUUCGACUUAUCGUAAAGCUGAGUCCGUUUCCCCUGCUUCGACGGCGCGUAUGGCCACGCGCAUUGGCGGUAGUGUGCAGAAAACCGCCGGACGUUGCGCUAUUAGCCUAUUACGCUUUCAAGUUUCCACUCACACGAGUUGAGAUGAAACGAAUCAAUUGUUUGGAUGUAUAUGGCAAUGUUGUAGUCUCCGAAGCAGAGAAAUCUGGGCUUGGUUUCUUUCCCUAUGAUCAGAUUCGGUGGUCAAAUACACAUUUGGUGUUUAUGUAGGCAAAUGAUUUGAGCAGAUUCUUCUAUAUAUCGUUUCGUGUGAGUGUAUCUCUGGGACGGGUUCUAUCUGCGAGAGUUAGGGUUUAAGGCACAGCUUGAUCUUGUAUUGCCUUGCUUUUGAGCCAAAAGUUGUCUUACGUUGGCUCUUAUGGUGGUGAUGUGUAUAUGUGCAACGAGAAAAGAGUUUUGGUGUUUCGUGUUAGACCAAAACAUGGCUAUUACGAGAUUGUUUUUGUGUUCAAGUUUCAAAUCCAACGAGUGGAGGUUGAAAGAGCGCAUAUAUAUAUGGCAAUGUUAUAGUCUCUGGAGCGAGCAGAGAAACAAGGGAUCCACAGACUAUAACAUUGCCGUAUAUAUCAGUGGCUCUCUUCUCAUCUAAACAAACGAUUCUUUUUUUUUUCAGUAGACACACAUAGAGGUUUGAGUAAGCAUGCUUCAUAUGGAAGGAGGAGAUCCGUCACUCUUUCUAAUUGCCUUGAUGUUCUUUUCCAUAAGAAGGAAGUCAGAGGUAAACGGGGGCCUCGCUAUGUAGUGAAGACUUGUAUUGACUUGACUAAGACUGGUGCCCUGUUUGUUCGUCUAAUUUUCUAAGUCACAUGACUCUUCUCUUAGAAUGGGUGUCAAUGAUCGAUGCUAACUGCUUCACAAAAGACACAGAAGAACACUACAAUACAAGUUUGUUAUUUAUUUCAGUCUUGUAUCUGCGACGAUACUAUCAUGAGAAUGCAGUCCUUAAGAGAUGGUGAUCUCAUAUUCUCUGAAGGGAAGAGAUUUGCAUUUGGAUUCUUCAGCCUUGGAGUUUCAAAGCUCCGAUAUGUUGGGAUAUGGUAUGCUCAAGUCUCUGAGCAGACUGUUGUAUGGGUUGCAAACAGAGACCGUCCUGUGAACGACACGUCUGGGGUGAUAAGGUUCAGCAGCAGUGGGAAUCUCUGCAUCUAUGCAUCAGUCGACACAACAGAACCUCUCUGGUCGACUAAUGUUUCGGACAGUAUAGUGGAACCAACUCUAGUGGCGAGACUCUCUGCUCUAGGGAACCUUGUUCUGCAUGAUUCAGUUACAGAGAAAGGUUUCUGGGAGAGCUUUGAUCAUCCGACAGACUCUUUUCUUCCGUCUAUGAGGUUGGGUUUCACACGAAAAAACGGCUUGGAUCGCGUUCUGACAUCCUGGAGAUCUCCUGGUGACCCAAGUUCUGGAGCUUUCACAUACCGGAUAAAUCGUACGGGAUUCCCGCAGCUGAUUCUGUACAAAGAUCUGAUCCCAUGGUGGCGUACGGGAUCGUGGACCGGGUUGAGAUGGAGCGGUGUGCCUGGAAUGGCAAGAGGAGGAGGAGGCUCUUCUAUCUUCCAUAGCUCGUUUGUUAAUAAUGAGGACGAAGUAUCUAUAACUAACAGUGUGAAGGAUGCUUCAGUCAUAACAAGAAUGAUGGUGAACGAGACAGGAUACCUGCAACGUCUCAUAUGGGCCGCAACGGAGAAGAGGUGGAAUGUGUUCUGGUCAGUUCCGAAAGAAGAAUGCGACUAUUAUGCACACUGUGGCCUUAACGGUUACUGCGAUCCCACAAGUUCAGCAUCAUUUGUGUGCACAUGCCUUCCUGGUUUUGAGCCAAAGAUGCCCCGGGAUUGGCUCUUGAGGGACACUUCAGGUGGGUGUACAAAGAAAAACAACGCUUCAAUAUGCGGUGAGAAAGAAGGGUUUGUGAAGUUAAAGCGCGUGAAGAUUCCCGACACAUCAUUUGCAAUUGUGGAUAUGAACAUAACAUUGAAGGAGUGUGAACAUAGGUGCUUGAGGAAUUGCUCUUGUGUUGCUUACGCAAGCGCUUACCACGAGGGUGAGGGAGGAGCAAAAGGGUGCUUGACAUGGCACGGCGAUAUGUUGGAUGCGAGGAUAUACAUGGAUUGGGGACAAGAUUUCUACAUACGUGCAGACAGAAAAGAGAUAGAGCGGUGGAACAAAAAUGGCUCAUUGAGGAAGAGGAGAGUCAUUUUCAUUGUCACCAGUUUGAUUGCAGCCGUAAUGUUGCUAACCGUCAUUUCAUUCUGUUUCGUAAGGAAGCGACGAAAGUCUAACAGGCGUAGAAGAUCUUCAACAAUCUUGGCUCCAGGUUCUCUUGAUAUUAAAGAACCAUUCACAUUUGAAGAGGAUCAUGGAAGAGAAUGGGAGUUACCUCUCUUUGAGCUUAACACUAUCGUUACAGCGACGAACAAUUUCGCUUUCCGUAACAAGCUUGGAGAAGGUGGAUUCGGACCCGUUUAUAAGGGCGUGUUAGAAAACGGUAUGGAGAUAGCAGUGAAGAGGUUGUCAAAAAACUCAUGCCAAGGAAUGGAAGAGUUCAAGAACGAGGUCAAGUUGAUAUCAAAGUUGCAGCAUCGGAAUCUCGUGAGGAUGUUAGGAUGCUGCGUAGAAUCAGAAGAGAAGAUGUUGGUAUACGAGUAUUUACCAAACAAGAGCCUAGACUAUUUCAUAUUCCAUGAAGAGCAGAGAGCGGAGUUGGAUUGGCCAAAACGGAUAGAGAUAAUAUGCGGGAUAGCUCGCGGAAUCUUGUAUCUUCAUCAAGAUUCAAGACUGAGGAUCAUCCACAGAGACCUCAAGGCCAGCAAUGUACUCCUUGACAACGAAAUGAUCCCCAAGAUUGCGGAUUUUGGCAUGGCGAGAAUCUUUGGGGGAAACCAAAUCAGAGGAAGCACAAAUCGGGUCGUCGGAACAUACGGAUAUAUGUCACCUGAGUAUGCAAUGGAGGGUCAUUUCUCCGUUAAAUCUGACGUCUACAGCUUCGGAGUAUUGAUCUUAGAGAUCAUAACAGGGAAGAAAAACAGUGCUUUCCACAAGGAAUCUUUGAACCUAGUUGGACAAAUAUGGGAUCUAUGGAACAAAGGUGAAGCAACAAACGUCGUAGACAAACUAAUGAACCAAGAGAUUUAUGAUGAGAACGAAGUGAUGAAGUGCGUACACAUUGGGUUGCUUUGCGUACAAGAAAAUGUGUCGGAUAGACCAGACAUGCCCUCUGUUGUGUCCAUGCUUGGUCAUAAAGCCAAUGACUUUCCUCCUCCAAAGCAUCCUGCGUUUAUGUCGGGAAGGAAGACACAUGUCAAGAAUGACGACAGCACCUCCGGUGCUUACCUCAGUGGAGAAAAUAGCAAUUCUGUUAAUGACAUUACUCUCACUGAUGUUCAUGGCCGUUGA